ACGACUAUUACAAUAAUUGGACUAAUUAUAAAAUUAAAUGUAUAUACAAUUUUAAAUAAAAUUCAAUUUGGUUAGAAAUAAAGUUUCAUACAAUUUUAAUACCAUACACUUGAAUAAAAUAAUUUUAUAUUUUGAUGUUACAUAUUUAUGGAAACAAAUUUCUAAGUAUAUCAUAGUAAUAUUAAUGAUGCCUAUUCAGCAACAUUAUACAUUCCAUGUAACAAAAUUCUUGUACAAAGUUCUUUUACAUAUAUAUUAUUACAAUUAGAAUAUAGUAAAAAAAAAGAGAGGAAAAAAAAUGACAAUCUUGUAAUGAAUGGCAAUCCAUGAAACUAUGUACAUUAUGUAGAUAACAAUGAUAUUGACUUCUUAAGGAAAACUUUACACUCACGUGAGUGAACUCGUGCAAGAUAAUAUGCAAUGACAUAUGUUUAUUACAACAGCAAUUACUGAUAUAUCAUUAUCUGUAUGUUUCAUUUAAUGGUAGCUUCCAUAUAUUUUAUUUAUCACUUCAAAUUAAACGAAUAUGGAUACACUUAUUAUCCUAUUUUGAAGUCUUUUCUCGCGGGAUCACUGUCUGGUACUUUGUCAACUAUUUUAUUUCAACCAUUGGACCUUAUCAAAACAAGACUUCAAAGUAGAGUAAAUCUUCACCUGGAUGCUUCAAGAAGUGGUACUUUAGGAACAAUCGUUCAUAUAGUUAAAAAAGAAAAUGUGUUUGGACUCUGGAGGGGUAUGACUCCGUCUAUCACCAGAGUUGUUCCUGGUGUUGGAUUAUAUUUUUCAUUGUUACAUUGGUUAAAACACACUUUGCAACUAGAAGAUCCACUCACACCUAUAGAAGCUACAUUACUAGGUAUUACAGCAAGAUCUAUGUCUGGAGUUUUAUUAAUUCCAAUAACAGUGGUGAAAACGCGUUUUGAAAGCGACAUUUAUAAAUAUAACAGUGUAGGAGAAGCACUGAAAUUAAUUUAUCAGCAGGAAGGAGUAAGAGGUCUUUCACGCGGAUUAGUACCGACAUUAUUAAGAGACGCCCCUUUCAGUGGUCUUUACCUUAUGUUUUAUACUCAAUUAAAAAGUAUAGCUAUAGAAGCAGAUUCGCUCUGCGAUAAAUCCUUAGUUCCAGUUCAUUUUAGUUGUGGAAUACUAGCAGGAAUAUUUGCUUCUAUUGUAACACAACCGGCAGAUGUGAUUAAAACGAAAAUACAACUGUAUCCGAAUGAAUUUAAUGGUGUUCGUAAUUCUGUAUUUAGGAUUUAUGAAAAAUACGGUGUAUUAGGGUAUUUUAAAGGCAUUGUUCCAAGAAUGUUGAGAAGGACAUUAGUGACUGCAAUGGCUUGGACUGUAUACGAAGAGGUUACAAAAACUAUUGGACUUAAAUAAAAUUGCUGCCGUCUAAUUAUUUUAACUUUUUGGCGUCUGUUGACAUGAAGUGAGGGAAUUAAAUACGCACGAGAGAAUCAAAGUCAUUCAACCAAUACAAAUAUUUACACUUGAUGUACAGUAUUUUAAUUUGUACAAAGAUAAUUUGAUUAUUAGCAGAUAAUUGUAUUAUAGCAAAUAUUACUACUAUGUACAGUAUUCAGAUAGAAUAUUCUAUCGCUCAAUAAUGUAUUAUUAAUACAUAUAUAUACAUGUAUACUUAUGUAAUAAAUUUUAUAAUCUGUUA